ACCUCUGUUGGUGUUAAACACUAUACUCUCCAAGCUACUGGUAUUAAAGAAAUGGCUUAUCGCGGACCGAGUACUAGUACUGGAUACGAGAGUAGUUAUCUCGAACGUCACAACGACAAUCUUGUUGAGGAGCUUUCUACGAAAGUCGCAGCACUCAAGAAGGUGACAAUAUCAAUUGGAGAGGAUGUUCGGGAACAGAAUCGCUUAUUGAAUAGCAUGGACGAUGAUUUUGAUUCUUCUAAAGGACUUCUGUUGUCUACUAUGAAGCGACUAGGAAUUGUAAGCAGGGCAGGUGGUGAGUUCAGCCAUCCAGUUCAUUCUUUCAUGAUUGAAUUAGAUAGGAAAGAACCUAUUGUGCUAUUUGGUCCUAUUCGCCCUAUUCGUCUUCUUCGUCAUAUACUACUUAGCAAGGUAGACUUGUCUCGAAGCUGCAUAUGA